GGCUGGAAAAAAGACUACCUAGAGGUCACGUGUUAGACAUGGUCGGUGAAGCUCGAUGACGGCUCUUGGUACCGGUGAUUGAAGUUUGAGAUUCAUCAGUAAGUGAACCGUGCUAUCUGAAACCAAGAUGUCUGCAGAGAACCAAGGUCAGGUGUCGUUCCGGAUACUGGUCAGCAGCAGCAAAGCUGGAGGUGUCAUAGGCAAAGGUGGUCAUAACAUCAAACGCCUUCGGGAACAGUACGAAGCAGAUGUGAUCAUUCCAAACAGUGGCGGCUCACACCGUGUCCUGCAGAUAUCGGGUGGUAAUCUAGAGAACUGCCUGACUAUCAUAAAGGAGAUUAUUCCCCUCAUUGUAGAUGAGGGCUCAGGGUUUCCUGUCGAUGAGACGGCUACAGCGACAGUGAGUGUCUUGGUGCAGAGCAGCCAGGUAGGGGCCAUCAUUGGAAGAGGAGGAGCGAAGAUCAAGGAACUCCGGGAAAAGACUGGUUCCAAUUUGACUGUCAUGCAGGACUGCCUUCCUAAUUCGACAGAGCGUCAAGUCCAAGUCAUCGGCACCUUGGAUGCGGUAGUGUCGGCCCUGCGAGAGAUCCACGAGACAUGCAGUGAAUUCCCAGUCAAAGGCCAGGCCAUCCCAUAUGAUCCAUCAGUUGACGUCUCCGCAGGUUACGGUUGGAAUGCCGGCGGCUUUGGUGGACCGAUGGGAAGAGGGGGUGGAGGAAUGGGAAUGCGUGGAGGUCGAGGUGGUCGAGGUGGCAGAAUGGGACCAAACCAAGGGUUUGGUGGUGGCUUUGGCGGUGCCGAUCAUGGGGGCUUUCGUGGUGACAUCCAGACCACCCAGAACACAGUCCCUAACGACCUAAUCGGAGCGGUCAUAGGCAGAGGCGGGGAACGCAUCAGGAACAUCCGUAUGAAUAGCGGAGCCGAGAUCGAGAUCGCCAACCCCGUCCCUGAUGCAGUCGACAGGAUCAUCACUAUCAGAGGCACCCAUGAGCAGAUCAACCAUGCCCAGUUCCUGCUGCAACAGUGCAUCAGGCAGUUUGGGGGAACAGCGGCACAAUCAUUCUAGUCUUUGUCAUGAAAAAGGACAAUUGGAGAUUUAUAAAGACAUUCUCUACCUCUAUUCAAUACAAAUCUGUUGGAAAUAGAGGAUCAACGUAUGAUGGCCCAGUUAAUGAAAGUAAAUGACUGAAAUACCUUGAGGGACAUGUAUUUUGCAAUGAGAUGGGGUAAUAUUGUAUGAGCCAAUUUUGCCAUGUACAUGUUCAAGUAUUUCAUCAAUUUCAGUUUUACUCCAGAUUUUCACAAAUUAGUGUGUUCAUAAUUCCUUGAUUUCUCUCUCCAUUUGCAGCAAUGAUUGUGAAGGUUAAAUUCACACUUUAUUUUAAUUCCUACAUGGUGGAGAGCCUGUUAUAGAAAGAGUUGCACUUGAAUGCAGGUUUAGAAGGAAAAAAAAACAAUCACAUAUCCCGUAUGCAUUUUACUGGUCGGAAGUCAAGUUGUGAUUUUUUUUUUUUAGUUAUAUUUGAUUGUAACUCUUUCGCCAAUGGGUCCCAGAUCUUGGUGUGCUACGCCUCAUCAUCAGUGAGAUAGCCUGUUAAAUACCUUACAGCAUCUGCACUUUAGCAUGACUUUGGCAUUUUGAAUCACACUUUUUUUAAAACAAUCCCUGGGGGUGUUUCACAAAGAUUUAAAUAUGACUUGAGAGUUGCACUCAAAUUCCCAGUUGCUUGCCGUAUAAAAGACAUCACGUAUUGCAUAGGUCAAAUUAGGAGCGUAUCCAGCCGGAUUUAACACAGUACCAUUUUAGGGGCCAUAUUGUUUUUUGCACAAUAGUCGGCCUCUCACAACUAUUGUGUCUUAUCCGGCUGGAUCCCUGCUUGGGUCAAAUCAUGCUGUGCAUAUCAAUCAAUAAGUUGCACGUUACGUAUCAUUUGCGCAUCAGCAUUUAAGUCAGACUCGUGAAACACCCUUCGUACAAGUACCACAGAAUAUAUCAGCCUUUGAAUUUUAGGAAAAUUAACUAUCUAAUGGAUGGAGGUGCUUCAUGCAGAGAUGUCAGUUUUUACACUUCUUUUCUUUUUUCUUUUUUUGUAAUUUGCUGUAUUUGAUUCAUGGAAUAUAUCGUUUUCUCCUAUAAAAUGAAUUGUAGUACUAAUAUCAUAGUAAAAAUACUUUUCUUUUCUUCUAUUAUGUGGCUGAAUCACAAGAUUCAACCCUGAAAUGAAAUGCUGUACAAAGUGGUUGACAUUCCUGGGUCCUUAUAUAAGGUCCCCGUCUUACAAACAGUUGCGAUUGACCCGAUCAAUCGCAACUAUGGACGGCCACAUCAACGUCAACAUCUAAAAUGCAUGUUCAAAAUAUUUUCUAGCUGUGAUGUAUAUUCAUGCAUUCAUUGUUUUUUUGAAAAUUCACUGUGCUGGCUCUUUGUUUACAAAGGACAUGUCGCAAAUUUUCUGUAGAAAAAAUUAUGACACUGAUGGAUUUCCAUAGAGUAACGAUUGAUCAGAUCAAUCUUAACUCUCUGUAAGAUGGGGCCAUGAUAUAUGAUCGUAAAUAACAAUCGAUUGAAUUGUUCUCACAAGUUCGAAGCACAAAUGGGCCUGCAUUACACAAUAUUUUACUUUACGAGUCGCCUGAAGAGAUUGAUUGAAAACCCGUCCCUCUUGCGCUCAAAUGAUUUAACUUUCUUUCACUUCAGUAUUUGUUUUCUGUUCAGACUAUUAUUAAUUUUUUGUCAUGGAUCCAAGCAGAAUUUUGGCUUUGAUGGUUAAAUCAGCAUGUUAUACUUAAUAGUCACCAAAUAAUUACUCAUCAGAGUCAUCCGAUCGCCAUCAAAAAUAAUUUGUUAUACAAAACACUUGCGAGGUCAUGAGAGGGAGUGUGUAAAAAUAAUUCUAUUUUAUCAACUUAUUGGUAAAUACCUGGGGGGGGGGGGGCACUCAAAUUAUAUUUUGAUGGGAUGUGCCUCACGAAACCCUGAAAUGGUGGUCUAAGGAACUGACCACAAGGGUAAAAUACGGGGUCGUGGGAACUAAAUAUGUACGUGAAAAUAGGGUCUAAGGAUCGUGGUACAGUAGGUACGGUGCAUGCUAGCGCCGCGUGCAUGUUUAUGUGGGCGCUAGCGGUGCAUGGAGCUGCUAGCGGAAGGAGUUGUGAAGCCGUGCGUGCAGCUCGCGCUGGACGAUUUUGGCAGGGCAAGGGAACUGAGAUUUUUUCAGAACCGGGGUCUUGCAAGCGGGGCGGCUUCUGAAUGGAACUUUUGUCAUUAGGGAGUAUCUAGAGAACUGAAAAUUAGGUCUGAAAAGGGGUCAUCAAAGUGGCACGUCCCCGUACCACCAAUAUACAUGUAUUUGAGUGCCCCCCCCCCCCCCCCCCCCCCCCCGAUGGUGAAUAUUGACCAGCACACAGCAGCAAGUCUGAAAAGACCAAUUUACAAUCUGAUUACAAUACAUAGUAAAAUUACAUGAUAUUGUACAGCUUAUAGCAUUGUGGGGCUUAAUGAUUGAAUUGGAAAUUAAUUUUUGUGAUCAUUGGGUCAUGAUAUAAAUGUAUGUAAGGUUUCCAUUUCAACAUAUGCCCACGCUGCAAAUUAUGCUGUCAUAGCCCCAUCCAUUGCAAGCUUGAAGGGGCCUUUAGGUUAGGACAUGUUCCUUUUUCAUGAACUACCCCCUCUUGUUUUUAUCGGGAAUAAAUUUUCUUGGUAUUGCAUCACCAUUAGCUCCACAUUUUUCAAGUCCACCCCAGAAAAAUGUUGAUUUGAAUAAAUAGGGAAAAUAUCUAACAAGCAUGCUGAAAAUUUCAUCAAAAUCAGAUGUAAAAUAACAAAGUUAUGACAUUUUAAAAUUUCGCUUAUUUUUCACAAAACAGUGAUAUGCAAAUGAGACAGUCGAUGAUGUCCCUCGCUCUUUCUUUUGUUUUUUAUUGUUUGAAUUAUACAAUAUUUCAUUUUUUACAGAGUUGACAAUAAGGACCAACUUGAUUGAAACAUAUAGUAUUGAACAAUGCUAAUUGCACAAGUUCAGGGAGGAAUUAUCGUUGUUUCACAAGACAACGGAGAAAAUUGUAAUAUUUCAUAUAAAAAAUACAAAAGAAAUAGUGAGUGAGUGAUGUCAUCAGUCUCCUUAUUUGCAUACCGACAAGGAUGUGAAUAUAACUGUUUUGUGAAAUUAAGCGAAACUCUAAGAUGUCGUAACUUUCUUAUUUUACCUGUGAUUUUGAUGAAAUUUUCAGUGUUAUGCUUGUUGGAUUUUUCUCUUUUUAUUCGAAUCAACUUUUUAUUUGGGUGGAUUUGUCUUUAAGACUGCUACUUGUACUCAAACAUUACUUUGUGUAGCAGAUUUCUACAGAGGACCGUACAGAAUUGAGUUGAAAGCACUUUUCUUGUGAUUGAAAAUGCUGAAAAAAAUUGGUAACCAAAAUUAUUAUUCCCUGAUGCACAUCCAAAUUUUUGGUCUUUGGCUUGAACACUAUCAUAAAAUAAAGUGGUUUCAUUUGUAAUGGUGACAUGAAACUCAGUGAUACAUAUACAUGUAAUAUUUAAUGCAAUAAGGCAUUUAAAAUGACGUUCAUGUACACUUGUUCCAGGGGUUAAAUUAAAGCUAAAUGAAAGUAGUUGCAAUAAAACACUGAUUUCAUGAGAAAGUCUGUAAAACCAAGGUUAAGUAUUACUACUAGUAUAUCAUCGUGGAUCUAUAUUUGGUACAGUCACAUGAACUGAACUUUGUGAAAUCAUAAAAUCUAAGCUGAUAAACGAUCACACUGACGAUCACCAACACAGAUAGGCACACGUGGGACAGUGUAUAUUAGUAUUGCUGGAAUAAAGACCCGACGUAAGUGCCCGAAUCCGCGCUUAUUUUGCUUAUUUCUCAGCAAUUACACAAUUUCUUCCAGAAUCCUUUGGCACAUUUUGUAUUCAUACAAACCGGCACUUGGGUGGUCAUUAUAUUGGAUUCUGUAAAAAGUCAUUUUGAGAUUGUUACCACAACUGGCAUUUAUCUUUAAUUUGUGUACCGGUAAUUCAUUUCUUUCAGAGUGCUUCUAUUCGUUCUAUAUGUUUUGUUUGGCAAACAAUACAUUUUUUUUUGUUCCUGUGUGUAGAGUCAGGUUAGAUGAGGAUAAGGGAGUCAUGAUUAAAAAUAGAAAUAUUCAUUGCUGCCUAUGUACAUGUUAGACAGUAUUUUAAUAUCUAUUAUUGCAUUUAUUCAUAUUGUUCCUAAGGUUUUGAUAAAAGUACUGUGCGUGUACACCGUCAUUGAAUGGUGCGUUUGAAUUACGAAAAUGUAUAGCUUUAACUUGUGUAUUUUGGAUUAUACAUGUUCAUUGUACAUGGAUACAUAUUUUAGAAGUUAGAUGAUAAUAAACCCCACCCAUUCUCGUGUAGUCUUAUCUCAUGCAUAUUUUUUUUAUUACAAUUAUUGGCAAUUUGGCUUAUUAUUGGCAACCUAAGUAAUUACUAGUCUUGUCGGUGAUGUCCGAUUCCAUGCAAGAAAGAAGCAAAAAGUAAUGUAUUCAGAUUUUUUCAGACUGAAUUCCAAUACUAGUAAUUAUGUCGCUUAUUUUAACAAGAAUAUGUAUAAUAUUUCGUUAUAAGGUUUGGGGGAAAACAUUAACUAUGUUUGUAAAAUUAUCUAUUGCAUGUAUUAUAUUGCAUAUAUGAUUAUUUUUUGGACUUCUUUAUUUGAUAUUUUCACUUUUAUGAAACCAAGUAGAGGAUUUGUAAUUUUUAUGCCGAUUGUAUUUUAAUUUUCGAUAUUCUGUGCGUGACCAAUAAAUUGGAUUGAAUCAAAAUCUCAAUUCAAUCACGAUUAGUUUUGUAAGUUUGUGUUGGUUUUUUUUUUAAUAAAAAUAAAUGUACUCUGUACAUGUAGAACCUAA